CACUUACCCAUCUCUAUAAGCACCGUAGUGGCUAUGUCUAACCUCGAGCAAUCUUACCCACCUUCCGCUGGAUCCUUCUCUCCCCAAGCUCGUGAACAACUAGUUCCUGUGCUCAAGUUCUUGUCUCAAACCAACACGCCUAUCUUCGUCAACAUCUACCCUUACUUCGCUUACGUGUCCGAUCCCAUCAACAUCAAGCUCGACUACGCCAUCUUCAACAAUAAACAUGUCGCUUUCCAGGACGGGCUAAUGAAAUAUACAAACCUGUUUGAUGCCAUCUUCGACGCUUUCGUGUGGGCAAUGAAGAAGGAGGGAGUGAUGGAUUUACCUAUGGUGGUGUCCGAGACCGGAUGGCCUUCCCACGGUAACGGGGAGAUGACAACGCGUUACAUCGCUUCUACAUACAACAGAAACUUUGUCAAACAUGUUGAAAGUGGUGCAGGGACGCCCAAGAGGCCAAACAGUAGCAUUGAAGGGUAUUUAUUCUCGACGUUUAACGAGAAUCAGAAACCAGAAGGCACUGAACAGAACUUUGGGUUGUACUAUCCUACUAAUAUGAAGCCUAUCUACAAGAUGUUUUGA